GCCAACAUGUGAAUGAUACAGAUAUUGACUCAAAAGGGUGGGGUGGGGGUGUGAUUUUAAUGUCAGCUAAACUGCACAGGAAGUAUUUACAGCUUUAAGAGGAAUAGAUAAGUACGAAACUCUCCCUCUUUUGAGUUAUUUAAGGAGAAAACAGGUGAAGCAAAAGUUGUACACAAGAAUAGAGAGUGGAGAGACUUAGCUAAGGCAAGAUAUGAUUGUGCAAUGGUUAGAGACCCAAAUGAAAGUUUUCCUUUUGCACCCUUUUACAGUCUUACCUUUCUUCCUCUUGUUAUUCUUCCUCUACAAAUUCCUUUUCAGCAACCCCCAAACCAUAAAACACUUACCACCUUCCCCAACAAAGCUACCGAUUAUAGGGAACCUACACCAAAUUGACCAAUUCCCACACCGAUCAUUGCACAAUCUAUCUAAAAAACAUGGGGAGCUAAUGUUACUUCACUUUGGCAGUAAUCCAGUCCUCGUAGUCUCGUCUGCAGAGGCAGCAUGUGAAAUUAUGAAAACCCAUGACAGCAUAUUUUCGGACAGGCCAGCUUUAAGCAAGUAUAAAAGGCUUCUUUAUGACUGCAAAGAUGUAGCAACAGCACCUUAUGGGGACUACUGGAGACGGAUGAGAAGCAUAUGUGUACUUCAACUCCUAAGUUACAAAAGGGUCCAGUCUUUCCAUGAUGUCAGAGAAGAAGAAACAGCCCAAAUGAUCAAAGAGAUAGAGAGGUCAAAGACAGCAGUGAACUUAAGCAAGAUGUUUGCCAACUUCACUAGUGAUGUGAUAUGCAGGGUAGCUUUUGGGAUGAAAUUCAAUGGGGAGAGAGACGGAAUCAAUUUCAAGAAGCUGCAAGAAAAGCAUGAAGAGUUAAUAGGUAGUAUUAAUGUCGGCGAUUUUAUACCUUGGCUGGCGUGGGUUAAUCACAUAAAUGGUGUGGAGAGGGAGAUUAAGAAAGUUUCUGGAGAUAUGGAUAGGUUUCUAGAAGGAAUAGUUCAAGAGCAUUCUGAUAGGUUAAGUAAAACUCGAGGCAGUAAGCACGGGACAAACUCAACACAGGACUUUGUGGAUGUUCUACUUGAAUUACAACACAGUCCUGCAGCCGAAAUCAGUAUCAAUAAAGAGAGCAUCAAGGCCAUUAUACUGGAUAUGUUUGUAGCAGGAUCCACAACAACUUAUGCAACACUAGAAUGGGCCAUGUCAGAACUCCUAAGGAACCCUGGAGCUAUGGAAUCUCUAAAGAAGGAGGUGAGAGGAACCACCAGGGGUAAAGCGAGCAUCAGCGAGAACGAUUUGGAGAAGAUGGAGUACUUGAAAGCGGUGAUCAAGGAGACUCUUAGACUGCAUCCUACUGUUCCCUUGCUAUUGCCCCGUAUCUCAACUCAACAAGUAAAAAUUAAUGGUUAUGUCAUACCCGCUAGAACAGAAGUCAUUAUCAAUGCAUGGGCUAUCCAUAGGGAUCCUACAUUUUGGAACGAUCCUGUACAAUUCAAUCCAGAGAGAUUUCUAAAUUCUCCAAUAGAUUUUAAGGGGCAGCACUACAAUUUGAUUCCAUUUGGAUCAGGUAGGAGGGGAUGCCCCGGAAUUUUAUUCGGCACCGCAAACUUAGAGCUAGUAUUAGCAAAUCUCAUGCAGAAGUUCGAUUGGGAAUUGCCAGAGAGAGCAGAAGGAAAGACUCUGGACAUGGAAGAAUACCCUGGACUUACAAGCCACAGGAAAAACCCUCUUCUGGCCAUCGCAUUUCCUCAUUCUACCUAGUGAAGAUUCAGUGCAGCAAAUAAAAAAAAGCACUAAACCACUCAAAAUUUAAAACGAAUAUGUAAAGAGUUGUAAGCUAGUUAAUCAUUAAGGAUUUAAAUAUAAUGUUUAUGAAGUCCGGUCAACUUCAUCAAUUGAUGCAUGUGAGCUUCUGUGAGAAAUCCAGGGUUCUAUAAUUACUUCUAUAGGGAA